CCAAUGGACAAGCUUAAGACGGUACUGGACCUGCACCUCAAGUACCACGGCGCCCUGGGCUGUGGUCUGGUGACUGUGCUGACAGCGGGCAUGGAGCGCAUCUUCUCCACGGUGGUGUUCCAGUGCCCCUGCAGCGCCACCUGGAACCUGGCCUACGGCCUGGUGUUCCUGCUGGUACCCGCUGUGACGCUCUUCCUCCUGGGCUACCUGCUGAGCGCUCGCACUUGGCGCCUGCUGACCGGCUGCUGCGCACCGGGCUCCUGCACCUGCUGCGGCAGCGAGGGGCAGCGAGGGAUCCUGGUGUUGGCGCAGCUCAGCGGUAAGGCUGCUGUCGCGCCCCUCACUUGGCUGGCCGUGGCGCUGCUCGGAGGCAGCUUUUACGAGUGCGCCGCCAGCGGGAGCGAAGUCUUAGCGCGGCGCCUGUGCUCCGGCCGCGACUCCAACUGUAUUGCUCUGCUGCCGCUGGUGCCCUGCGGGAAUCAACAGGCGGCCGACGUGAUGGAUCUCCAGAAGGACCUCAAGGCCCAGUCUCAGGUAGCGGGCUGGAUCCUGAUAGCAGUUAUUAUCAUCGCCCUUGUGAUCUUUGUAUCUGUCACUCGAUGUCGAUCUCCAGUUAGUUUUAUGCAGUUGAACUUUUGGAAAAUCUAUUCGGAACAGGAGCAGAAGAUUUUCAAAAGUGAAGCCACAGAACAUGCAACCAAAUUGGCAGAAAAUAAUGUUAAAUGUUUCUUCGACAGCUCACAUCCAAAGGGGGAAAACAAAACCCCAAGCAUGGAAGCCUGGCAGCAGAUUUCAUCAGUAUAUACUUUCAAUCCGAAGGGCCAGUGCUACAGCAUGUUGGACAAGUAUGUUAACAGAAAAGAAAAGAUUAGCAGUGUGAAAUAUUCCGGAGAUGUGGUUUCUGCUCUCAGCUUUGUAGAUUCUCAUGGUAUAAACAUCACUCCGGGCUUAUGACCUUAUGAAUGAAUAAAACAAAAAAGGUUAUUUUACAGCCCUGGGUGGUGUGGCUCAGUGGAAUGAGCACUUGCCUGCAAACCAAAUGUUUACCUGUUUGAUUCCCAGUCAAGGUUGCUGACCUUGUCCCCAGUAAGGGUGUGUGAGAGGAAACCACACACACACAUUGCUGUUUUUCUCACUUCCC